CAGCAUCCGACCAGCAUGAGCGCUCAAACUGAAAACCCAGCCUCACUGACGUGGCAGGAGGGAGAGUCCCAGCUGGAAACACGUACUGCAGCCAUCCAUCCGAGGGGACCUUGCACACGCAGAUGCUGCCCGCUGGCCAUGGCUUUCAGGGAUGUGAAUUCGAGAAGACAUAUAGGACUUCAGCAGCUCUCAUCCUUGGCAUCAGCUGGAAGAACGUUAUUGGGGCCAAUGAAGUCCUGUAAAUUCGUUGUGGAUGACAGCACCAACCAAAGCAUGUUGAUUUGUUCUGCUGUCAGAUUGAUAGAAAGUUUGGAUUUAACUAGUGCUGCGGGACAGCUUCUUAAUGAAACCAUUCAGGCGCAAAACAAGGAGUUUAAAACUGGGAUGAGCACCCUUUUGUUUCUUGUUGGUGCGUGGAGCAAUGCUGUCCUGGAAUGCCUCCAGCAGAACGUUCCUGUUUCAGCAAUAGUGUCGGUGAUGUCUGAGGGGUUGAACUCUUGUUGUGAGAAAGUCCAGUGUCUUCAAAUGUCAGUACGUGAUGUAAAUAAAGAGCUGUGUUCUAGCAGUGUUAGGCCAAACGCUUCUAGCAGCAAAACUUACGAGGCUGCAUGUGACAGUUUUCUAAAUCCUCAGAUUUUUCUGUGCUUUCAGAAAGAAGUUUCUCCAUCAAAAGAACUUGUUCCAAGAAAUUCUUGUUCCCAUCAAGGAGCUGACAGUAAUUUUAACAAGGGCCUGGUUUCACCUUUGGCUGGCUUUGGAUCAAUAGCUUCCCCUGUCAGAUCAGCAGAUGAUAACAGUGCAUCUGUGAUUUCUGGAAGUGGUGUUAGUGCAUCCAGCUGUAAACAAAAAAGAUUAACCCACAGUAGAUACUUCAGUGCUCUAGCGACAAGCCCUUUUUCGAGUCAGCUCGAUGAUUCUCAGGUAUGCCUCUCAGGACAGUCAGCACAUCCAUGUGAUUGUUAUGGUUUAGGACACCUGACAAGAGCUCUGAGCCAUGGAAAUGAGCCCAACAUGAAAUUGCUUAAAAGCAUCGUUGCAUAUCAACACGAGAGAGUAGAAUGCAGUGGCUCUUCCCAAUUUAAUAUUGCAGAAAUUGUGACAUGCUGUUUACCUGGUCUGCCUGAAAGCUAUUCUUGUGUUUGCCCGGGUUUUGUCACUUUAGUAUCACCAGAACAAGCCACAGUUAUCAAACACUUUGGAGACAAACCCCUUCGGAUUCUGCUGACAGAUGGUGACCUAGCUGAAGAGUACCGUCACCUAGGUUUUACUAAGCCACGUAACGUAAGGACUGUGUUGGAGCGUCCUGACCUACAGGAAGGCAGACCAGGAGACUUGUGGCUAAAUACAACAUUAGGUAUUCUAAUACGCUCUGAAGUGAACUUAGUUUUGGUCAAAGGGAACGUGUGUGAAAACCUAAUGGAAAGGUGCAUGGCAAACAAGAUUCUGGUGAUCGGCUCCGUGGCUCAGAAGGUGCUGUGUGCCUUCGGGGAGGCCAGCGGUGCCCGGCCCGUGACGUACAUCACCCAGUGGAGUGCCUCCUGCGUGGGGAGCGGUGCCCAGCUGGAGCUGUGGACGGCCAGCGAUGGGCGUGCGAUGGACCUGGGCGAGCUGGUGCCCGUCAGGAUAAGGGUGCGAGGGAUCGCCCUGCUCACGGCUGUGCUUACUACUGCCGUGCCUGCAAAGAUGCAGCUCGUCGAAGACCGGUUCUGGACUCUUGUGUACCGACUGCAUCACGCCCUCAGGGAUGGGAAGGUUUUCCUUGGUGGGGGUGCAGUUGAGCUCUUAUGCCUUAGUCACAGUCAGGCGCUGGCAGAGCAGUCUUUAAAGCUAGCAAAUAAAAAGCCUGUGAAAGAAUUUCAUGGCCCUUGGCUGGCAGCAUUUUCAGCAGAGUAUAAAUCAGUUGUGCUUCAAGCGUUAGCAAGUGGCUGGAGCCAGUAUCUCUCAGCAGUUAUGUGCAACACCGCAAAAGCAGCAUCGCUUUUUGAAGCACAGACCUUAAUUGAGCAUCACCUCAAAAAAGCAGUUGGCUGUGGCUCUCCCUCAGCAUAUGUACUGAAAGAGUUUCAAAUGGGUGAUAUGUUCCAAGGUGGUCCUGCUCCCUUCAUGGGCAAUGCAGAGGGUUUUAGGGUUUAUGAUAACGUUACAGCCAAGACAGAGGCAUGGCGGAGAGCUCUUGACCUGGUGCUGCUGGUGCUUCAAACAGAUGCUGAGAUUGUCUCGGGUCCCCAAAGUAAUCAGCUGUUAAAUUCACAUGCGUCAAGUGAAUUUAUGUUUUUGUAGGAUUUGUAGGCUGUUUUGCUUGUUUUGUUUUGUUUUUUUAACAAGUCCAUGAGUCAGUGAGUGGAAGAAGUCCAGGUACGAUCUACAUUUCUUCAUCAAGUCAUAGAGCAAGCAUUUAGGUGUGGUUAUGACUUGAGCAUGUGGAACAGUGGAAAUCUGCCUGUGAAACAGUAACAAGGUAGAUCUAAUUUCCCAUUUCUAGAAAUGAGUUAAAUAGCAAACAAAACACACUUGUGGGCUAACCUCUAACUACAGCUUUGCGUUUCUAAUUAAUUACAUUGUAUGGAUAGGUUAAUCCAGUCUGGUGUCUGUAACAUUCAGCAGAGCAGAUGUGCCGUUCUGUUUUUAUUAGAAAGGAGUGCUGUCAAGUCGAGAGGCAGUAUCUGUCAAGUUGAGUUGGAGAAAAGUUUGCUUCCUUGGAUAAACUCCUAUUCUGAACACGUGCUGCCCGUAUAAGGUAUCGGGACUUGCAUCCCGUGAAUUACUCUUAUUUAACGUCUUUUACUUCUAAAGAAGGGUAGGGAUUUCUUACAUAACUUUCUCAUACUUGUCUUUGUUACGUGAGAGUUACAUAAAAUGUAAUUAAUUUUUAAUUAAUAUCUUGCUCUUAAUUUCUGUACGUCACAAGUGUAAGAGAUAAUUAUGAUAAUUUAUGACUGUUACUGCUUAAGCUAAGAGAUUGUAUUGGUAGAUCUUACUUCUGCGUACUUGUAUGGGCAAUAUAUUUUCUGUUUUGAAACAUC